AUGCCGAUGGCAGUGCGGACGAUGCGGUUGCGAUGCUUCUCUGACAUGCGUUUGUUUGAGCUUGAGGCUAUUUGUGAGAACUAUUUGGCUAGAUGUCGCCGAAGUGCGCUCAAGAAGCAGCAACGAGAAUCGGAAGAGGAGGAUGCUGAGGCGGCGAUUGCUGAGCAUGAGGAGGAUCGAUCGCCCGCCGCGCAGGCGAAGAAAAUUUGGGCGCGAGCGCCGUAUAUCGCGUGCCAUGGCCGACUUAGCCGGUGUAAGAGGCUCCCGCUGAUCUUAGACCGCGUAAGCACUCCAGUCGCGCCGACGACGCCGCUGCUGCACGUCUACUCGGAGCAGCUCACCGCCCCGCGCGCCUCGUGCGAGGAUGCGAUGCGCCGCCUCUUCGCCUUCCUGGGCGUGCCGCCUCUGCCAGCGGUGUGCGACCGUGCGGGCGCUCCCGCGCCAGAGAGGCGGAGUGGCGAGUGCCGCGGCGGGGACGGGCUCUGCAGCGUUGAGAAGCUGCGAGCCCCGCGCCGCGCAUGGCUAUACCAUCGACGAGUUGCUGACGAGCUGACACUCGGUUUGAGUGAGGCUGAGGCCUCCAUAGAGCCGCGUACGCGAUCGUCCGGCUGA